AUGAGAUGCCCCUUUCUGAGUAUAGAUGACAAUGCCUUCGCCCAAGCUCAUUUACUCUUUAAACUACAUCUUUCUCACACUAAAUUUCAUGAAAUUCCAAGUGCUAUUUGUAACACCAAGACUUUGAAAUCACUUGAGAUUGAAGAUGGUAAAUUAACUGAGAUUACAACUGAACUUCAAUCUAUGUCUGAGCUUAAUAUCGAUUUGAGCUUUAAUGCAUUGUCAACCAUACCUGAAGAUCUUUUCAACAAUUUGGAAAAUUUGAUGGUUAUUAAUCUUGAAGGCAAUUUCAUAAGGAGCAUUGGAAACUGUUUCGCUCAAAGUCAUCGUUUGGAAUAUAUCAAUUUAAGAAAUAAUUGGGCGUGUGAUUGCCGCCUCUUGUGGAUCAAAGAAUGGAGUGAACAUGCGACGUUUAAAAAUUUGAAUAAUGAAUUCAAUUGUUCAUCUCCACUCAGUUUCAAAUCAAAACUGUUGAAUCAAUUGACUAAGCAAGAUCUCUCUUGGCCAAAAGAAGACUGCCCUACUGGUUGUCAAUGUUCAUGUGCUCCUUACCAAGAGGAUGGAUAUGCGAAUGUAGAUUGCUCUUCAAAGAGACUGAGCCGGAUUCCAAGCAGAUUUCCAGAAUUCACAAUUGAACUAAAUCUUCGAGAAAACUUGUUGUCGAAUCCAAUCGAGCUCAACCUUCCUCCAAUGUCCAAGCUACUUACCUUGAAUCUGGAACGCAACUUUAUUUCACGAUUGGACUUCAGUCUUCCGAAUAACAUAGAGACUCUUCGACUGGCAGAAAACAAUAUUACAAGAUUCUUCAAUAAUCCACCGUCUAACAUCAAGACUUUCACCCUAUCUCAUAAUCCAUGGCAGUGUGACUGUGAUACUCUGCCUUUCAGAAAAUGGAUAAUGGUAGAAAGUUCUAAGAUUUUAGAUGUAAAUGAUACACGAUGCAGCUUUGAAGAAGAUAGAGAGAAUAUGAGAGGGAGAGUAAUAAUUACUCUGAGUGAAAUCGAGCUUUGUCCUAAACUAAUACGGAACUAUAUCUUAAUGGGAGUAGGUGGUGCGGUGAUUUUAAUGAUGACAGUGGCCUCCAUUUUGUUGUAUUUCCGAUAUCGAUAUCAUUUAAAAGUGUGGCUCUAUUCGAGAGGAUGGAGAUGUUUCAAGAAACGAGACAAAAGAGAUGAUGGAAAACUAUUCGAUGCUUAUAUUUCGUUCACUGAUGAAGACGCUGAUAGUGUCCGGAAGCACUUUCUGCCAGACAAUUAUAUUGAGUAG